AUGAAUCCAUACGAGGCUUAUGGCUCUCCUACAAACGAGAGAUCGCCGCCCAGAUAUCGUGGAAGGGAUGAGUCUUAUGAGCGAACCGACUCGUACAGACGAAGAUCUCCUGUGGCUAACGACCGACGUCGGCCUGCUCCUCGCAACCGUUCGCGUUCCCCAGUAGCUAUCGAUCGUUAUCAACCUGACCGAGAGAGGGAGCGAGACCGCGAGCGCAACGGACGCGAUGACUAUUACGAGGGCAACAGACCUGCAGCGAGGGAAGCAAGAGACACGAGAGAUGCAAGAGAGCGGGAUGAUCGCAGAAGAGCGCCUUCGCCAACUGCUGCAAACAUCGAUCGAUAUGUUCCAGGUCAAGACUCCAACAAGCCUGCUGUCAAGGUCAAUCCUCUCGCCAACCCUCUGGCUCUAGACACACAGGCAGGUUUUAGCUUCUUUGCAGAUUGGUGGCGAUUUGAACAACAAGUCAAAGAAGAGAAAGAACGAGCUAAGCACGGCGGCAGACGACCUUCAGAUCGUGUCAAGGGCGAGCGCGAGGCCAAAGAAGACCGCGAGAAAGAGCGAGCACAAAUCCAGCAGGCUUAUGAUCAGUACAAACAGGAGUUUCAGGUGAAGAUGGCCCGCCAAUUUGUCCAACAGCACAAAGGCGAAGAGUGGUUCAAAGAGCGAUACGUGCCAGAGAUACGAGAUCCAAUCCGAAAACGUCUGAUGGAAUCCCGAGAACCCAACUUCGAGCAAUGGGUCAGAGACCUCGAAACUGGUCUUUUCGAUGAAUUCACUCUCGAGGGGAUCUACAAGAAUGAUAGCGACGGGGCCGGUGGAAUGGUGGAGAAAGAAGAAGGUGAGGCUGUCGGCGGCGGUGAAGUUCUUGGUGUGCUAGACCUUGUCCCGGCCAAAGGCGGCGAUCUCAAAGAUGAUUCUGUUCAGCAGCCUGCUCUGCUCAUCAAGACCCUGGCGCCUAAUGUCGGCCGCGACCGCAUUGAGGAGUUCUGCAAAGAACAUUUGGGAGAAGAGGCAGGGGGUUUCAAAGGCUUAUCGUUGAGUGACCCCAAUCCGGCCAAGAAAUUCCAUCGCAUCGGCUGGAUUAUGUUGAAUCCUGCCCCCGAAGAGGACGGUGAUGUCAUGCAGGACAUAGAGCGGGGUGACGGCCGGGACGAGGACGGUGAAGAGGGUGAAGAGAAACCACAGCUGGAGAAAAUCAGCCCUGCUCAAAAAGCUCUCGAUCUUAUCAAUGGUAAGACCAUCACUGAUUCGGUGAGAGGCGACUUCACCUGUCACGUUGGUAUCCACAAUGCACCGAGUGCCCCGAGGAAGAAAGCUCUUUGGGACUUGUUCUCCGCACCCGAACGAAUCGAACGCGAUCAUGAACUUGCGCGACGGCUUGUCACUAAGCUUGAUGCCGAACUUGGCAAGGAUGAGCAUUCUGGAGCUUUGGGGAGGAUCGAUGCUCGAGUGGAACAGAUGAGAAACCAAGGACUUCUACAGCCUCCGCCAAAACCCAAAAAGCCAAACUUUGAGGACAAUGAUGAUGAAAUCAAGUUCGAAGAGGAGGGUGAAGAGGGUGAGGAGGAAGAAGACGAGCAGGAUGACGAAGAGUUAUUGGUCGUCAAAAAGAAGCUGGAUCUCAUGGUCGAAUAUCUUCGGCGGGUUUACAACUUCUGUCUGUUUUGUGUCUUCGAGUCCGAUUCAGUGCAUGAAAUGGUCCGAAAGUGCCCUGGCGGUCAUCUUCGAAGACCCAGAGCUGGAUUGACCUCUGCGGCCAAGGCAGCGGCCAGGGCGAGCGCACUUGGUGAGCCUUUCCCCGGCAAGAAGAAAGAUGGUCGGAGUGAGAACGGCAUGGACGAUGAACCCCUUAGCCCUGUCCAAGAGAGACGGCCUCAGAAGUUCAACAAAAACGACCAGCAGCUUCUUCGAGCGUUCAACUGGGUCAAGACUUUUGAGGAAAAGGUCCUGCAAAUUCUGGAACCCGAGUACGUGGACCUCAAGAAGAUUGGAGGCAAGCCCGUCGAAGAAGCAUUGGACGAAGAGCUGGCGAAGUUUGUCAAGCAAGAGGACGAGGCCAAAUUCCGCUGUCGAGUCCCUGAAUGCACAAAGUUGUUCAAAGCCGAGCACUUUUGGAGGAAGCACGUAGAGAAGAGACACGAAGAAUGGUUUGUGGCUCUCAAGAACGAUCUUCAACUGGUCAACACCUACGUUUUGGAUCCAUCACAUAUCGCACCGUCGCGGUCGGAUGCCAAUUCUAACGGUCAUUUCCCAUUGCCUCAGAACCAUCACCUGAACAACGGCACUCCUCGGGGUUUCAGCCUUCAGAAUAUUGGAAUGAACAUGAUGGGUUUCGGCCAGAAUGCCAUGAUGGGCAUGCAGAAUGUCCACGGCCCACUUGUACCUGGGGUCAACUUCAACACGGAUGGCAUGAAUGGAAGUGUAGGACAUAGUGGUGGCCCUAUUCGACGUGGCGGUGGGAGAUACGGCAACCGACCUGGACCCUAUGAUCGAAAUCAACGCGGUAGUCAACGUGGCUACAACAAUAUGGGAGGCAUGUUGCGAGGCAAUCUUGUUCCCGGCCUCACGCCUGGUUUCAUCGCUCAGGGUGGAGGUGGAGGCGGUGGCAAAUGGGGGGACGGCGCAGGUGGUGGUAUGAACGCCAUGGGACCAAGAGAAGCCACCCAAGGCCGAAGUAUCAAAAGCUACGAGGAUCUCGACGCUCAGCCGAACAGUGGUGGAGGCAAUGCCGGAGCCGCCGCGGCAGCACAAGCAGGUGGAGGUGCAGAGCUGGACUACUGA